AUGAAAAAGCGUAAGGAUAUGGAAGAGAGGUUGGAGGAGGAAGCCGUCAAAAUGGCAGAGCUCACGGAAAGUGCCAAGAGGAAAGGGGAAAGCAAAUUCAUGAGCGAGGAAGCCAAGAGGGAAGCUGAAGAGCGUAUUCGUGCAGAGGCAGAAGUAGUGGCUCAGUUGGAACGACAGGCCGCUGACAUGGCUCUACAGAGGGUGAAUAUGCAGAAACAGCUAGCAGAACGAGAAGACAUGAAAGCCGCGGAAAUCGAAGCCAAUACUUCCGCAUUGAAGACGAAGCGCGCCUUGGUCGAGGCCCGAAUGAGACAGGAGGAAGAGGAAAUUAAAACUUUGAGCGAGGCUGCCAAGCGAGAGGCAAAAAUGGAGCGGCAAGCUCUUCAGCUGUCUACCAAGCGUGCCGAGUUGCAGGCUGAAAUGACGAACAAGCGUGAGCUCGAGGACACGUUGGUGCAUGAAGCCCAAUUGAUCGCACGAAAACGUGAAGCAAUCGAAGCGAAGAUGCGGCAGGAGGAGGCAGAGCUUCAAAAGCUGAGCGACGAGGCAAAACAGAGAGUUCUUGAAAAGAUGGCUGCAGAAGCAGCGGCAAUCGCCAGGAUGGAGAGGGAGGCACGCAAGCUUGCGGAAGAACGGGCUAUUUUGGAAUCCCAAAUAGCGGAGCAGCGUUCUUCGAACGUCGCAGAGGGCACAUCAGCCGUACCCACCAACACCCAGGACGACAAUAAAGGACAAGUUGGUCACGCUGACCCAGUGGAUUCCCAGGGUAGACCCUUGACUACCACAUCUGGUCGCGAUGAGGCUUGUGCACUGGUACCCACCGUUGGUGAAAACGCCGAGGAGACUACUGACGUGACCGAGAGAGCCGCGCCGCAAUCUCCGAGUCCGAACAUGAGAAAGGAUCAAGGGGAACCAGGUCUUGUCGAAAAAUUCACUUCAACCUCCAGUGCAGCAAGUCUGGAAGUGCUGAGGUAUAGCGAGACGACAGACGAUGGUUUGGCUCGUGCUGGCAGUGUUCAGGUAGACGGCAGCCACUGGAACGGUCACCAAGCAUUCCCCCCGGCCGACUUCAUCGAUUCCGGAGUGUGUGCUCACUGCCGCACUCACCAGAGGGAAAUGUCUACAGCGCAUUUGGCCGCUGCAGCUGGACACUUGACUUGCCUCGAGACAAUUCAAUCUACCCGACGCGAGAUGUUGGCGGAGGUUGAUUCCUCUGGUCGAAGUCCCCUGUUCUACGCGUGCGCGAACGCUCACGCUGAUGCUGCGGACCUGCUGAUUCAGGAAAGCCCUCAAAGCUGUCACGCGAUGGAUGUCAACAGAGACACCCCACUUCAUGCUGCCGCUUUAGCGGGGUCGGGACUGUGUUGUCGGCUUCUCCUUCAGCACGGGCGAAGUGAGAUUGAACCCCUCAAUGAAAUGAAAAUGACGCCAGCCCAUCUCGCGGCAAACAACGAUGUCUUAGAGGUCUUAUCGCAGCACGGGGCAAAUCUCAAUGCCAAGGAUGCGGACUUGCGAACACCGUUGUUUAUCGCCUGCGCUUCCGAUCGACUGGAGAAGGCGGAGUUUCUCUGCGAACUGCUCGAGUGUGCAGAUCAAGAUCUUGGUGAGGUAGACAAGCGCGGUGACACUCCAAUGCACGCGGCAGCGUACAACGGUAGCACAGCAUGCCUUCUACUCUUGCUGCAAUAUGGUGUCGAACCGGAUGCAAGAAACACGAAAGGCCUCCGGCCUAUUGACCUUGCUUCACGGAGAGGCCAAUCAGCGUGCGAGAAGAUAUUGAUGGAAUAUCAGUUGCACCAUCAUGUCAACAACUCAUACUUCGAUUCGGUCCUGUUCCUGGCUACUCUCGAGGGACACAAACGAUGUAGGGAAACUCUCAACAGUGUCAAGCAGCAGGGAGAUACCACAGCUGGAGCCCAGGAAGACUCGGCGCUUGUCCGCCCUCAGUCUCUGAUGUCUUUACGCCGUGAGCGUUCCGUACGGCUUGAGCACUGGGGAGACUGGAUUUCGUAUGAAGACCAGAACGAGAAGAGCGUGUUUUGGUACAAUCACGUCGAAGAAAAAUCACAGCGAGACGCGCCAACCGGGGUUCGCGAAGGCAGCGCAAGCUCUCUCACCAAAGCGUCCAUGCGACUGAAGCGAGAGGGUGACUGGAUAGAGUACACCCUCCCGGAUGGAAACGUUUUUUACUACAAUGACAAAAACAACGAGUUCCAGUGGGAGCGACCCGACGAUCUCUCUUCGACUGCUGCUGUCUCUCAGGAAUGGGCCGACGAAGAUGAACGCCUCGAGGGCGAUACUGGUAUUGGCGGUUCUACAGGAGAUUGGAUGGCGUUCAAGGACCCAUCGACGGGGUUAGUAUUUUGGUACAACCAGGUCACCGAUGAAUCGCAAUGGGAACCACCCGAGGAGGAUAGAGAAAAUGGGGACAGAAGGGCAGACACUGAGAGUCGUGCAGACGGCAAUUCAAUGGUGCCAGAGGACAACGUACGAGAAAUUGACUCGGUGGACGACCUCUUUACUCCCCGAUAGCAUUCUCCUGGUGGAACCACACGCGGCCUAGAGGGUAGUUACUGAAAGAUGCGCUGGUCGUGUAAUGUCGCCGUGGACGCUGAGAUGCAAGGUUUUUAGAUUUGCGUGCAUAAACUGAGCAGGAGUACGUAGUACACCGUUAUUCCAAAUUAAAUGGGAUGCAGUAAGGAUGUGUACGCCGAAAAUACCAGAAGAGCAACACAGAUAAUUCUUAGAUAGCCGUGUGUUGUUGCCGAUUAGAUAUAGCUCCGUCUACGAACUGACCACCACUGUUCAGGGUCACAAUGAGCAUGCGGGCACGGAAAUGGGAACAAGUCAAUUAGUUAAGCGGUUGGCACAGAAGAGACUUCGCUUGUUUCCGCCGGCCGUACUCUUCGUAUCUGAUUGGGCUGAAAGUUGCGCCGGUCGUCAACGACAAUAGUAAUGGCUGCACAGGUUCCUUGCACUCGGUCCAAUAAAUGUAAGUAAAUGGAUGGUCAUACGAGACAGAGAUCUCGAGUGAACCUGUUGAGCACUAACUAGGGUUGAAAGUCAUUGAGGGAUUUAUGCGGACCAAUUUUCUUCAAAGUGCCCAUUGUAGACUAAAUAUGAUGCCGUUUCCAACACCACGGUUAGGUACGCAUGCAUGCGUGCGUUGUCGUGACACAUACUUGAAAAAUGAAGGAAGUCAAUGGGAGUUGAGCAUCCAAAGCUCAUGUUAAAAAUGAUACAAGCUGGGUCAGGGAAGUGGAUACAACAAGAGUCAACAGCAAAACUUCACGCCGUUUUUAGGAGUUAGACUCUGAAACUUUGCACACAUGUACCAUGGAUCAUUACGCAACGCUGUGUGGAGGGCCCUUUUUUUUUUUUCCCUGUCGCCGGAUAUUCGGGGUCGUGGAGAAUUCGGGGUCGUGUGCGGCUCCUGGGACCCCGAAUAACCGGCGACCAUGGAAGGAAAUGAAAAAGGGCCAGCCGCACAGCGUUUCGUAUUGACCCAAGGUAUAUGUGUGCAAAGUUUCAGAGUCUAACUAAAAAAAACGGCGUGAAGUUUUCAGCUCUUGUGCCAUGAAGUAUUUCGCAUCCUAAAAUGCCCCAAACUACUUGAUUAAAGUAUGAAACGGCGAAAAUCAGGUUCUUUUGACGCCCAAACGACCCCAUUUCAUCAGUUUAUCGAAUUAGUUCAUGAAAGUUCAUAGACACGGUUUUUGGAAUAUGUAGGUAAGGUAGAAUCAAGCAAAAAAAAAAAUCACAUAUUGGGACAGAUUUUUGGGGUCCCGCAAAAGAGGCUAUCUCCAACGCAGUUUGGCCCACCGACGGCAAGUCAUAAAUCGACCAUUUUUCAACCGUAAAUUUAUUAGGCAAGUUUAUGGGCGAUGUCGACGAAACUCCAUGCGAAGCUUCAUUGCACUAUAACGGUGUCGUUGGUUAGAGAAAGAAUCACAGCCAUGUUACCGGCAUGUUGGGGUCUGCAGAGAAUCUACCUACUUAUUAGACGGAAACACCGACCGUGCUGCCCCGAAGAGAGAUUUUUUAUCAUCGCAGCGCGGCCUUGUGCCAGCUGAACUGGGUGAUAAAACACUGUUGAUUCAUGCACCGAGAACGCAAACAUGCCAACAUGCAUGGACCGGUUUGCUGAGGGUCACACCGCGGCCGCUGCGUGUGCGGCGAGAACCUCCGGAGGGUCGGCCACGCUGAUGUCGCUCGUGAGUGCAUCAGUCACUGGGGGUGGCUGCUCGUGAGGCUUCAGCAGCGUGACGUGUUGCCCCUUCGUGAGCGUGAACAUAGCCACGGCCUGUGCGUCCAUUGCAGCAUCCUCCUGGUCGCACUCUGCAACCCGCCGCUCCAUGUAUCUCCUACGCUGUUCUGAUUUGCGAUCGCGCCUGACGUACGCAAACGCCCGGCGCCCGAGUCCGGCGUUACGCAACCUGCUGCAGCGUAGGCGCAUCAGGAUUCUGGCAUCCUGCUGCAACUCCCUCAAAGCUCUGGCGCGUUCCGCUUGUUUUUGGAUGGCACACUUCUUGGCGACUUCGCAGUUCGGCGUCGU